CUCAUAUAUAUUCACAUCUACCCUGUACAUAUCUCCCCUCAUCUCUCUCCUCUCUCUCGCUCAAUCUCUCUCGUUCACAGAGAGAGAGAUAACAAUCUCUCGCCUCUCUCCGGCUACAAAUAAACACAAUAGUACUAGCUAGUAAUAUACGAUUUCAAGAAGCACUCUUCUUGUAAAUGCGAUAGUUAUUUUUAUUCUUUUUUGAUUUUAUUUUUUGGAUAUUUACGCAAAAUGUCUCAACUAAGAGUAGCUCUGUUCUUGAUAUGCUUGCUUUGGUCGCCGUUGAUUUGUCUCGGGAUUCGUGCGUUUCCGACACCUGAAAAGAAAGCUAGUGUCUCCUCCGGGUUCGGGUUCAAUGAGGCGCCGGAGUACCGUAAUGGCGUGCACUGCAAGAUCUCGUCCGUCCACGUGGCAAUGACGCUGGACUCGGAGUACCUACGUGGCACAAUCGCGGCGGUUCAUUCCGUGCUGCGUCACGCUUCGUGUCCCGAGAAUGUGUUCUUUCACUUCAUCUCGGCCGAGUUCGACUCGGCGAGUCCGAGAGUACUGAGUCAACUCGUCCGGUCCACGUUUCCUUCACUCGCGUUCAAGAUUUAUAUUUUUCGGGAGGAUAUUGUGAUAAAUCUGAUUUCGUCAUCAAUACGUCAGGCUCUUGAGAACCCGUUGAAUUACGCGAGAAAUUAUCUCGGGGAUAUUCUUGACUCGGGGAUUGACCGAGUCAUUUAUCUUGACUCGGAUAUUGUUUUGGUGGACGAUAUAACAAAGCUGUGGAACACUCGACUCACUGAGUCACGAGUCAUUGGCGCGCCCGAGUAUUGCCACGCCAACUUCACGAAAUAUUUCACCGACACUUUCUGGUCCGACCCGACCCUGACCCGGACUUUCGGGUCAAAAAAGCCCUGUUACUUCAACACCGGAGUCAUGGUAAUGGACUUGAAGAAAUGGAGAGAAGGGGAUUACAAGGCCCAAAUUGAGAAAUGGAUGGACCUCCAGAAGGCCCAAAGGAUUUACGAGCUGGGCUCGUUACCCCCGUUUUUGCUCGUGUUCGGUGGGAACAUCGAGCCCAUUGAUCAUAAAUGGAACCAACAUGGGCUUGGGGGUGAUAAUGUGAAAGGGAGUUGCAGAUCGUUGCAUCCAGGCCCAGUAAGCUUGUUGCACUGGUCCGGUAAGGGGAAGCCUUGGGUGAGAUUAGAUGAGAAUCGACCGUGUCCGUUGGAUUAUCUGUGGAAGCCUUAUGAUUUAUACAAGAUAAAUCAACGGUUGAGAAGUGUUCAUGAUCAUCAACCUUUGGGAUUGAGUUCGAAUUUUAUUGGGUAUUCUAAUUAUUUUAUUUGAUUUGGUGAAUUUUUUAUUUUUGGGUAACAUGGUUAUUCAGACAUUCUUUGAUAGCUGUGUACAGAUUAUAAUUGAUUUUUUUAAUCAUAAACUUAUGAGAUGGAUUAAUGUUGUUAAUCUUGAUUAAGUUCCUGUGGUUUGGAACAAUUUUGGCUGA